CUCAGUUGCACAAAUUUUCUACUUCGAGUGACAUGUUCUUUAAAGAUGGAAGUGUUUUCUAUGUAUGUGCGAAAGAUGCUAAGCUUCAUAAUUUUUUUCAAUUUGCUUUCAUUUGCACUCACAUUUUCCGACGAUCUUCAUUUGCCUGACUACCCGAAGCAUUAUAACGAUUAUAGCAAACAAUGCCAAGUACCCGUAAAAUGUGCCAGUGAUCGUCGAUGCCCAGAAGUUCAUAAUUGGGAAGAUUUGGAGCGUUGGGCUCAACAGGAAGCUCACAGCCGCUUCGAGUGGGAAUCCAGUUUCACGGAUAAACAGAGUUAUUUGAUCAGUGAGGAUGAAUACGACUAUAAUCUCUUUGCCACCGCAGCAUUGUCUAAACUAGACGAAGUCGGAGUGAAGAACACGAUGACAACAGAUAUUUUAUUGGAAAACUUGGCAGGUAGAGCUAAAUGCACUGUAAGGAAUCUUCUGGAAGGCCGUUGUCCAGAGGUUAAUCAAACUUUAUCUUUGGAGAAAUGUCGAAAUCAACCAAUGUACAACUGCGAUCCAGCGUAUCCGUAUCGCUCAUACAAUGGAGUAUGCAAUAAUUUGCAACAUGCAACUUGGGGUCAAAUCGGGAAUCCCUUGAAAAUCGAAAUAGCACCUUGCUACGACGAUUUCGUCUCAAAACAUCGUAGAAGUACAACCGGACAAGCUUUACCAAACAACCGAAAGGUUAUAAGCGAUUUGCAACAAGCUUUCAGGAGACAAUCUCCUGAUGAGUCCGAGGAAUUGUUUAACAUAUUUGGAAUGAUGUUCUCUGAAUUUGUUACAUCGGAUAUUAUUGGUCGUACAAUGAAGCGUGGUCGAAAGGCUACCAGUGGAUUCCGAGGUUGUACAGCGAAUGGAUCACACGUAUUGUCGAGUCGCGCUCCAAUGGCUGCACCAUUGAGUGUCGAUGCCGAUGAUCCAAACUACGGUCCCAUGCAUAUCGAAUGUCUGAAUUACAGUCCCUCAGAGAAUGCCAAUGAUGAAUGCCACAUAAAAUACCCUACUAAGAGGAACACAGCCACUAGUUAUCUCGAUUUAUCCUCAAUGUAUGGCGAUGGACAAUACGAUAAAGACGGAAAAUUGAAAACAUCACAUUGCGGAGCAUCUUCGACAUUUGAUCAUAGUAGUGUUAUGACAACUCAGUUCAUGGCAGUAGCUGGUCUCUUUGCUCAACUACAUAACUAUUGCAUUGAUAGAGUACGAUCAUGCGAACUGAGGCAUAAUGUAGAAAUUGUCAUAGAAAAAUGUCGUUCUUUGACGAUUGGUGUUUAUCAACGAAUCAUUUACGAAGAAUGGUUGCAUGCUUUGUUCGGAGACGAUUUGUUCCAUCAAUGUAACUUUGACUGCGAGUAUGAUGAAAAUUUGGAGUCCAGUGUUUCAUCAACAUACGCAAACGCACCAGGCCGGUUUCAACAUUUAUGGAUACCAGAUAAUUUUACGUUGGUGAAAGGAGGACAGCGUGUGCAAAAACCAGUGUUUGAGUUUUUCAAUUCUAUCACUACAUUUGAAUGCCCAAGUGUUCUAGAAGGCAUGUUUGAUGAUCCGAUUCGAACUGAAAGUUUAUCAGAGGCGCUAGUGAACAUAUUCUUUUCAAAAGAUGGAGUAAGAGGACAUUGCUUAUUGUGCCUUGAUUUGGAAAGAUGUCGCGAUUCUGGCUUAUGUCCUUUGAUUUUAUAUAAGCACUAUUAUGAUAAAGUUUCAAAAAGCCCGACAAAAUGCUAUAAUUCAUUUGAUGAUCUGAGCGAUAUUUUUUUUGAAGAUCUUAUUGAUGUGUUCAAGAAACAUUAUGAGAGUCCAUUCGAUAUUGAUGCACUGUUCCUGAUAUUUGAAAAGGAGAUACCGGAAGGAGCUUUCAUGCCGAAAACGGUGGCCGCGGCGACAUGUAUGCAGUUUAAAAGGUUGAAGUGCAGUGAUAGGUUUUUCUUCUCUUGGAAUGAGUUUCAAUCACCUGCUUUGAAGGAAUUGAUAAACUCAAUUAAUAUGAUGACCUUGUUGGCGAUGUUUGGGGGAAUAGACAAGGUGCCAUAUAAUCCUUGGUUCAACAAAUCGGGAAGAUUGUGCGCCGAUAAUAUUCGCCGAGAUAUGGAAAGCAAACAUCACCUGUUUUGCAGUAUAUGAACAAUAUUAUGUUAGCGUAUAAACCAUAAACAAAUUAUC